AUGUCUAUGAAGCACUGCGUCUUGAGACAAUUCGACGAGUACAAAGAUACUGAUGAUGCUGAUGCGGAUGAUGAAAAUGAUGAUGAUGACGACGAUGCUGAUGAUGAUAAUAAUCACAAUGGGGGUAACACAAACUAUGACAGUGAUUCCCCUCUCUUGAUCAACCCGGACUAUAAUGCAGCUGUACCCGAAGAAUCCUCAUCACACAACUCAUCCUCCCGAAGUGAUGACAAAAAGGAAGCAUCACUCAAGGAUGACGAAGUUUCAAAUGCUCAUCCUGAAGACUUAUCUCGUGCCAUCGUCCCUCAUGUUCAACCUAUGGAUGAAACUCCUAUCAAGAAAGAAGAUGCAACCCUUCGUGAGGACAAACUGGAUGCCUCACCUAUCCUGAUAAGCUCAGCCAGUGGUGGCAAAAAGGAUGCACCAUUUCAAAAGGAACAAAUGGAUACCUCUCCAACAAAUAUUGAAGAGGAAUCUCCACUGGUGUCCCCACAUCACGUCAUGAACCUUAUGAGGGAAACUGUUCACACAGCCGAACUUAUUCAUCGGGAAUAUUUAACUCUUCGGCGAAGGGACACCCAAACCAUGGAUGACUUAUCUAAGAAGGUGGACCAACUGAUGGCUGCUCAUGCUCAACCUCACUCUCCACCGCAAGCUCAACCUCCACCCCCACCGCAAGCUCCACCCGAACAUCAUUCUAAUGAUCUUUUGGCAAAGGAACUUCAUGAACUCCAUACCUCUGUCAACAAGGUGGCAAGGCAACAGCACGAACUCAAGCACUCGCGUUAUAGCCUCAAGGAGCGUGUUGAUUUAGCCUGCAUAAAGAUGGAGACUGCACAUGACAACGCAUAUCAAAUGGUCAACAAGUUGUCUACUCCUCCUAUUGCUUGUGCCGAUGAUGCCAAAAAGGGGGAAAAGAGGAACCCUGAUGAUAACGAUGAUGAUCAUCCUAGGGAUGAUACGAGAAAUCGCUCUCAGUCUCAUGCUCAAAGAGAUUCUGAAAAGAGAAGCACGAACCCUCUGCCUCCACCUUCCAAGUCUCGUGAUCAUCAAUCUUCUCAAUCAAGACAUCACUCAUCUCGUGGUCAUCAACAGUCACAAUCCCAACAUCACUCUAUCAAGCCUCGCCAAUCUCUCGGCUCUGAAUCCAAAUAUAUUUUCAGUGGCCUAUCUAAGAGACAAAGAACGAGCCUCAGACAAAGGCUUAUGAAAGAUAGAAAAGUCACAAUGGAUGGCGUGGGAAACUUUGUGGAUUUUGAACCAUAUGAAGAAGGGAGCGGAAAACGAUUUGAGGGAUGCAAUGUUCCUGUCUAG